GUCAUUGUAUGUUGUUUUCACGUCGUUGCAGCCUUUAUUUAUAUGGUGUCUCGAAGGAUCGUAUGGACGAAAAAUUCGAACGCUUCAAUAGAAGGGAGAAACAAUAUCAUUGACAAAAAUGUCGUCGAUGAAUUUUGGCCAGAAAAGCUUUACGCCAAGAGCUCCUGCGAAGGGCAGUUUCCCCCUUGAUCAUGACGGGGAGUGUAAAGCUCUUAUGACUGUCUACAUGCAGUGUUUAAGAAGACAUCAAUUUGAAAAUACAAAAUGUCGACAGCAAUCUAAAGAAUAUCUUGAAUGCAGGAUGGACAAACAACUCAUGGCCAAAGAACCACUCAGUAAAUUGGGAUACAGCGAUUUUGAGGACAAAAAAAGUAAAGUUGAUGAAUCAUAGUGUUGAGAUGACAUGACAGUGGAGUUGUUGAUCAGAUGACAUUGUUUUUAUCACCACCCAAGACUGUCCUAGCGUAUAUCAAAAUAUUCAGGCCUAAAUUUAGGCUCUCUGUAAGAUGUCGUGCAAUGAGAUACAUUAGUGUAAUUGACUGGAUAAUGCAUCCUCUGAUUUCCAAUACACAUGUUAUUUUUUUUAUGCAGCUCCAAUUUUGUACUGAUGUUGUAUUUUAAUUGUAAUGUAGAAAUGAAGAUGUACAGAAAAUAAUCAUUGAGAUCAAGUGAAUAUCUCUGGGAUACCAC